AGAAGAAUAAACGAUAUGCGCAUGCUCAGUGCUCACUGACUGCAUUCACCGUGAGCGUGAUCCUUGCGUUGUAUUGUUGGUAACCAAGACAGGAAGGAGAAAAGGUAGUAGCUGUCCAGUGUUGGAUCAACUGGGCGUUUGCUGGAGAGCAUCUUCGUGUCUUGAUCAAUCACCUUUCAAAAAUGGAUUUCCAACAUCGAGCUGGAGGGAAGACGGGAAGUGGAGGGGUGGCGUCCUCCUCGGAGAGUAAUCGGGACAGACGAGAGCGGUUGCGCCAGCUGGCUCUGGAGACCAUUGACAUCAACAAAGAUCCCUACUUUAUGAAGAAUCAUUUAGGAUCAUAUGAGUGCAAACUUUGCCUGACGCUUCACAACAACGAGGGCAGCUACUUAGCACAUACACAAGGAAAGAAGCAUCAGACUAAUUUAGCGCGGCGAGCUGCCAAAGAGGCCAAAGAAGCUCCUGCUCAGCCGGCACCAGCAAAAGUAAAGGUUGAGGUCAAGAAGUUUGUGAAAAUUGGUCGGCCCGGAUAUAAAGUAACCAAGCAGAGGGAUCCGGAGACUGGGCAGCAGUCUUUACUUUUCCAGAUUGACUACCCGGAAGUAGCGGAAGGUAUUGGGCCCAGACACCGUUUCAUGUCUGCAUACGAACAGCGCAUCGAGCCCCCGGACCGCCGUUGGCAGUACCUGUUGCUCGCUGCGGAACCUUACGAGACCAUUGCUUUUAAGGUCCCCAGUAGAGAAAUCGACAAAGCAGAGAGCCGCUUCUGGACACACUGGAACCGAGAAACAAAACAGUUCUUCCUUCAGUUCCACUUUAAAAUGGAAAAAGCUCUCCUACCCCCGACUGGUCCACCGCCUCCUGCUGCCAUGAAGCGUCCUCCCCCUCUUAUGAGUGCGCCUCGCCCACAAAACGAGUCCAUGCCUCCACCUCCGGGUGGGAUGAUCCUUCCCCCAGGUGCCCCCGGUACCCCACAAAUGCCCCCUCAAAUGCCCAUGCCACCAAUGCCAAUGAGGCCACCACCCCCCGAGGGCCUGACAGUGGCUAACAAUUAAUCGUGUUCAACUUACACAACCAACUCGUUUUUAAGAUUUUGUAAAUAAAUGCCCUUGAAAACAAAAAUUAAAA